UCUUUUCAGAUAGUAAAGUUUUGAUUCCAAUUUUAGAAGCAACCAGUGGAGGCAACAGGUGUCUGUUUCUGUAUGUUCUUCCCAUACUUGGCGUUGCUUGGUAACCGUAGACAAACAGUAUGGCAACAUUCUGAAGUUUGAUAUUUUCAUUGCUUUCCAAAAGUUUUCAAUUUUCGAAUAACUUUACAUCAGUAUUCAACGAUUGAAUAAUUGAAUAGGUGUAUGUAGUACAAUAUCUCAUUAAGAAAAAUUUUAUCGCAAACUCUAAAUCUGAGUACAAGCAAAGAAAGUAUUUUCAACGUCCUUGUAAAAAUUCAUCAGCACAAUGGGUCCUAAGAAAGGAAAAGGGAAAAAAAUGGAAUCUGUCGAAGGAGUAGAUACAUCGAAAAUGAAUAGAGAGCAGCUGGAAGUUUAUUCGCAUAAAAUUUUGGAAGAAAUGGAAAGGGAACGUGAAGAAAGAAAUUUCUUUCAGCUAGAGCGUGACAAGCUGAGAACAUUCUGGGAAAUCACGAGACACCAACUAGACGAAGCUCGGGCAACCAUUAGAAAUAAGGAACGUGAGAAGGAAGAAUUGAUUGAAAAGCAUGAAGCUGAACUAAAGUUGUAUAAGCAAAAAGUGAAACACUUGAUGUAUGAGCAUCAAAGUAACUUGUCCGAAACUAAGGCUGAGCAUAUGGUUGCGCUCAAAAUGGCUCAGGAUGAUCACACUUUACAAGAAAAUGAACUUAUCAAAGACAAGAAGGAGCUCAAAAGAAUGCGCAAAGAGCAAGAAAUGGCACAAGUAGAUGAAAUACGCGAACUAAAACUGGCAAAUGCAGAGGAAAUGAGUAACAUGAUGAAGAAGUUCGAGGCAGAAGCAAUUGAACUAGAGCAAAAGUAUGAGCAUAAACUAGCAGAUCAAUAUGAAUCGCUGACGCUGAAACAUCGGAUGGAAAUAACUGAAGUAGAGGAGAGGAAAAACAAACAAAUUGCGGAUUUGAUAAAAAAUCAUGAAAGAUCAUUUGCUGAAAUGAAGAAUUAUUAUAACGAUAUCACACUAAAUAACUUGUCUCUAAUUCGAAGCAUGAAGGAACAAAUGGAAGUGAUGAAAAAUCACGAAGAGCGAAUGAAAAAGCAGGUACGAGAAUUAUCGAUCGAAAAUAAAAAAAUCCAGGCAGAUCUAAAAGUUGCUCAGGAACAAGUAUCGGAAUAUAGCCGACAACUUCUGAAUUACAACAAGGACAAAACGUGUUUAGCAAACACCAAGAAGCGUUUGACUGAAAUUGUGAAGUCACUGGAAAACCUGAAAUGGGAGAAUGAAGUGCUUGAGCUGCGAUUUGAAAAGUGUCAAGGUGAGCGUGACGAACUUCAUUCCAGGUUCGUCUCAGCGAUUUUAGAACUUCAGCAAAAGACUGGGCUAAAAAACGUCCUCCUCGAGAAGAAGCUACAAAAACUUUCUGACUUGCUGGAACAGCGAGAGGUCCAAAUAAGUGAAGUGUUAGCUGCUGCUCAGCUAGAUCCAGCGACUAUUUUAAGCGUCAAUCAGAAACUGGAAGAGCUGUUAAAUCGUAAAAACACAGCCAUUCAAGAUCUUCAAAUGGAAUUAGCAAGAGUUUGCAAAGCACACGACAAUCUUUUAGUGACGUGCCAAAGCAAAUUACAAGAAUAUGGAAUACCAGAAUCUGGUAUCAGCUUUCAGCCCAUGAGAACUAAAGUCUUGGGUGCAAAAAUGAGUCUUGUUUCUACCGGACUUGUGUCUAAUAAUAGAUAAGGCAUUAAACUGUAUAUAAUAUAAACUUUGGUACAAAGUCUUGUAAAUAAAAUAUUAACGUAUAUAUACCACGCAAUUGUCAACAUCUGGACUAUUCAUUUUCUUGAAACAUCAAUCCAUACUACCCUGAGCAUAAGUAUGUAUUUACCAUCAAAGGUUACGUGAACAAAAAUUUUUGUAUAUGUGGGCUGAAAAAUAGAAUUUCUUUAGAUGCACAUACAAUACUUUUAUUUCAGAAUACGGUAAACGAUCGUCAGAAACAGAUACAUCUAUUAUCCUCAAAUAUUAAAUAAAUUUAUCACAGAGGAUGUACAAUAUAUAUUAUAUGUAUAUACGUAUAUAUUUAUGUAUAUAAGUAUAUGUGUGUGUAUGCGUCCAUGAAGAGUAAUGUAAUAUGUCCCCUGGAAUGAUGAGGCUUUUAUUAUAUUUAAAAAAAAGUUCAUUUUCAUCAAUAUAUUUUACAUUGUUUUCCUCAUGUCUGCAAGACGUGAAAAGUUUUUGUUAAUUGAUAUUUUUGGUAGAAAGAAACAAUAUUAUUAAAAGAUUUGAAUUACUAGAGCUUUAUGAUUCGUCGGAACAAACAUGUACCAUAAAUUUUAUAAAGUUUUACCAUGCAUAUACAUAUACGUGUAUGAAUACAAAUACGGCAAUGUAUGCGUUUUUAAAUAUACACUACAGACGUGUACGUAGAUGGUAGUUUGGAUUUUUGUUGAUUUUUAGUUUAGAUAUUUUUGUGUGUGUGUGUCUCGUUUGUGUAUUAGACAUUGACUAUUCUAAAUUUAAUAUUAUUUUAAGUCAAAUACGUCAGGUCACAGUUUAUUAAAUUUGAAACAUUUAUCAAGGCAGGACACAGAUAAAACACUUCUCUGAGUAUAUUAAUUGAGAGUUGGAUCUUCCUUUUCUGAAAUUUGAAUUUAUGUACGAUUUUUUUCUCAUAGGCCUCAAUGGUUACAGUAAACAAUUAUCAAGCUCUUUUACAAUUUUAUGUAUGUACGUAUAUAAUGAGGGUACAUAUUACAGAUUUCAGA